GAUUACAAUGAUGAGAUCAGACAGGCCCAGCUGCAGGAGCUCACCUACCUAAACGGUGGAUCGGAGGAUGCCAAGGUGCCGUCGGUCAGGGGCAAGUCCGCCACUCGUGGCAGAGGGACACCUGUUCCAGGACCCCCCAGGAGUCGUGGAGGAGUUCCCCCCCUGCAUACAGCAGUGCCUCGAGGAGCAGCACCCAAUGGAGGCCCUCCCAGCCGAGUACCUUCAUCCAGAGGUAGAGGAGUUCAAAGAGCCAGAGGGGCCGGCUACAGGCCCACACCUCCCAUAGUGCAGGACACGUACGGUAAAUAUGAGUAUGACGAUGACUACGGAACAGCUUACGAUGACCAAGGAUAUGAAUCAUAUGACAACAACUACAGUAAUCAAGGACAAAACUCAGAUGACUACUAUGAAUACGGACCGAGCGGUGAAACAUACGAAUCAUACGGUCAGGAAGAGUGGGCAAACGGUCGCAGCAAGGCACUGUCAGCGAGAACAACCAAGGGGGUGUUCAGAGAUCAGCCGUACCCCAGAUACUGAACUGUUUAUAUGAGCCGCGCCUGACUCCUCGUGGCUGGUUCAACCCAAGUAAUGGAUUUUUUUGUAUGGACACUCCCACCUUUUUAGAAUUGAGAACUAAAGGACAAAAUAAUUCCAGCAAAAACCUAAACCYCAAAUGUUUGUUUCAGUAAUGGAAUCCCCCCGAACAAUGAACCUGACUGGGUAAACUCUGUAAAACCUUUUAGGUAAGCUGACAUCCCCCACCUCCACAGGAGAAUCAACUGGACGUUCAGACUAAGAACGACUCUGUAGAACAAUAAGUUUCUCUUUCAGCUCUGUGAUUGUGAAGAACAAAAUUGUGUCACCUCUUUUAUUGGUAAUGAUUAGUAAGCUUGUAGAGACUGUUCAAUCCAGUGUUUCUACCAGCUUCAUCUAUCAACCCCCGCCCCGCCCCCCUACCGCCUGGUCUUUAGACCUCUGACCAUCAACAUCUAUUUUAAUUCUUGACCAAACCCCCAUCUGCUCUCUUUGUUGGGAACUGAAGCCAGCAGGAUCUAGUUUGUUGGACCCACUUUGUAGUAUUGUACGGAGGCCGCAAGGGGACACUGUUUUUUUUCUUUUGCGUUCCCACGCAAUACAUUUGCGUUCCCUCGCAAUACUUUUGCGUUCCUUCGCAA